AUGGCCGCACGCAUAUCAAGCCCAUCGCCCGACGGAAGUACACGCAAGCGUGUGUGCAAAGCAUGCGAUCGCUGCAGGCUAAAGAAAUCCAAGUGUGACGGAGCCAAACCAUGCUCACGUUGUAAAGCAGAUAACUCCAUCUGUGUCUUUGGGGAGCGAAAAAGGAUCCAUGAGAGAUCCUAUCCUAAGGGAUACGUUGAGAGGCUUGAGCAACAGCAAGUCUGGCUAGUCCACGGUCUCCAGGAACUCUAUCGUUGCUUAAAUGAAGGCAAAGCCUGGUCAGGCGAUCAUUUGGAUCUCGAACCUAACGGUCACCCGCUCACUCACGACCUUCUUACACGUCUCGGUGCCCUCGACCACGGUAAAGGUGACCGUUUUGAGGAGAAUAUCGAAGCCUUGCAACGGGAUCCUUGGGGCGGCGACAUGCGACAAGAAUCACCCAACGACAGUUCCCACGCAAAAUCCCCUGUGGCCCCUCAAUGUUUCUCCCCCGGCACCUCCUCCCAAAGAACCUCAUUUUCAACACCGGAAAUCGAAAGCCCCUUAAAUAACGCGCCGAUCGCGAGACAGCCUACAGAAGGCGUAUCACAAUACAAUCCUUCGUCAAUACAAGACGACAUUGAUCCGCUAUAUCUCCUGAAUGAAUCUGCGUCAUGGCAAGCCAACGACACAUUCAGUCUUUUCGACGAAAUGGACAUGAUGAGUACAGCCGAUUAUUCAAAUCUCGUCUUCAGCGACUCAACCACAUCACGCUUAUUAAGUCGCCAGAUGCCAAUUAAUUGCAUCACCUCCAGCGUAUAUGGAGAAGACUAUCAGGUCUUCAAUACCAAUUCAGCAGAAAUCACCUUGAUCUAA